AGUCAUUUCCAUGACCUCGAAAGAACUCAUGCAUUUGAACAAUCCGAUCUCGAUAAAGAGCAGAUAUCAACCUAUAGAAACACUUACCAAACCCAACACAGCAAGCUCAACUCGGCCAGCCAAAAGCGCAAAAAAGACACUGUCUCAGAGAUGUGCGUAGUCACCCACUACCGCGACUUCCAUUGCCAGCACCGCUGGGCUGCAAUCGCCAUACCCUGCUACCCCGGCAUGGGCUUCGACAGCUGCCCGACGUUCAUUGAUGGCCAGGUAAGGCCGCUGCCGCCACGGCUGGUCGCGCAGGGGGAGCUGUGUCCUCAUGAUCUCAACGGAGUGUAUGACCGCAACCAGAUCCGCAUGGUGAGCAAGGUCAAAUAUGGGUUUCGGUGGGGGUUGGGGCCGAAUAAGACGGACCCGGGGUGUGAUGUUGCGUGCUGUAUGAUGUAAAGGGGAGUCUGGGUGGUUCGGGUAUUGGGCAGGGUUAUGGGAAGGAGGGAGUUCCGGCCAAGGAGAGGCUAGAGGAUGGGUGGAACAAGGGAAAAGAGGGUGAUGUCCAAUAGCUAUUGCUGAUACUGGGUG